AUGAUCAACUUUUUCGCAGGUUACGCUUCCCAUCAUAUACUUCCGCGUGAGGAAAUCGUCAAAGCGACUGCGGAGCUUUUGCUUCCGGAGACCAGGUACUUUGACAACGACAGCAACGACAAACAUCCGCUUGUCUAUGGCAGCAACAGGGGCGCGGCGUGGGUCCGUGACACAAUCGCUGACUUUUCCAAUAGAGUAUUCCGACUUCCAGAAGAGAGAAAAAUGGCUACGCGACCAGAAUUCUUGAACUUGACAUCUGGCGCGAGUUACGGUGCUCUGAACAUUCUACUUCAGACCACAUUGCCGCACAACAAUUAUACUAGACAGGCUUUCAUCGUGACACCUACCUAUUUUCUCAUAAAUGACACUUUCGUGGACGCCGGAUUUGCAGGGAAGACGACUGCUGUUAGCGAAAUAGACGGCAAUCUAGACCUGGAGUUCUUGGAGGAACGUAUGAAACAUUUUGACAGUAUCAAUAGUUGUGAUUCAGAAGACGCUUCUUCGUUGAAAAUGAUCACAAACGUGGGCGGCUAUAAAAAAAUAUACAGGUACGUCAUUUAUAUUGUUCCAACAUAUGCCAACCCAACAGGAUCUGUGUACUCUGAGCAAAACAGGGUUGCGCUACUGGAACUUGCCCGGAAAUAUGACAUGCUGAUCUUGUCAGAUGAUGUCUACGAUUUACUGACAUAUGACAGCAAGGAUGAAGACUGCUCAAUUCCUAAACCUCCACAGUACCGCUUCCCACAUCUAGACCGAGAGACAUUGCCUGAAGGUAAUGAGUACGGAAAUACCAUCUCCAAUUGUACGUUUUCCAAAAUUGUUGCCCCUGGCUUAAGAACGGGAUACCAGGAAUCAGUAAAUGAGAAACUGACCUUCCAACUUUCUUCAGGAGGAGCGAACGUUUCAGGUGGCACGCCAUCUCAACUAAAUUCCAUGAUUAUUGCAACAAUGAUUAAAUCUGGGAUAGUUGACGAAAUUAUUGCCAAGCUCAUCAAGAUCUUUCGUGAAAGAUCUGAAGUGCUCAGCCAAUCUAUUGAGAAAUAUCUCCCCAAGGGCACAAUAUGUCCAAGAUGCAUAGGUGGUUAUUUUACUUGGUGCACUCUUCCUCCAGGUUACGAUUCCUCCGAAAUUGUGGAAAUUGCAAAGCUUGAGGGACUUGUGCUGGCGGAUGGAUCGCUAUUUGAAGUAAAAGGUGAUGAGAAAAACUGGGGCAAACAAUGCGUCAGGCUUUGCAUAAGUUUUGCAACUUCUGAGGAGAUAAAAGAGGGAAUGAGAAUUUGGGGGCAAGCUUGCAAAUUGUACGCUGCCAAGGUAGCAUGA